GCACUUUGCAGUCGAACGAGAAUAUUGAUUUUAAGUGAAAAGUGAAUAUGGAAUGGAAUAUUUAACAAAGAGUUUUAUAUUUAGUUGGUGUUUAAAAAAGCUUCAGUUAUAUUUGUGGUACUAUAUAUAAGUAAUUUUUUUAAAUAAAACAUAAGUAAAUUAUUCACAAUGAGUAAAGAAAAAAGAGACCCCGAGUAUCCCUCAGAACUAGAGUCCCAAUUUGUGUUAAGGCUUCCCGAAGAACCAGCCAAGUUACUUCGUGAUGUGCUUAAAACAGGAGAGAACCUUAAAAAUCGUUUGACAAUACAAAUCGAUAACGAUAUGAGACAUGGCGAAGUCCGGUUCGACCACUGGUUAAUGCAUGCUAAAAUUAUGGAUUUGCCGACCAUUGUAGAAUCCCUGAAAACUAUUGAUAACAAAAGUUUCUAUAAGACCGCAGAUAUAUGCCAAAUGAUGAUUUGUAAAGAUGAACCAGAUACACCCACAGUGGAAGAAGAGUCACCAUCAAAAAAUAAAAAGAAAGAUCCAUAUAAAGUUGACAAAAAGUUCUUGUGGCCGCACGGUAUAACACCCCCUACAAAAAAUGUUAGAAAGAGGCGAUUUAGAAAAACAUUGAAGAAAAAGUAUGUGGAAGCACCAGAAAUAGAAAAAGAAAUAAAAAGACUUCUACGAGCAGACAAUGAAGCCGUAAGUGUGAAUUGGGAAGUCAUCAAGGAUGAAGACGAACAUCCGAAGCCUGAAGCUAGCACAUCUGCUCAUACUAAGCCAGAACGCAAAACAAAGUCUGAAAGACAUAAGAAAGAGACAGUUACUUCAGAGACUGUAAAUCAAAGAUCUUCAAAUGUUGACGACAUUUUUGGUGGAGCCGUCAGUGAUAGUGAUGAUGAAAAUGCUAAUGUUGAUAUGGAUGAUCGCUUAUCACCAUAUGAUAGCCGACUGAGCGACAAUAACUCAAUGUAUGGAAUUGGAGAUACACACUCAAGAAGAGAAUAUGAAAUUGAGUUUGAGUCACAAAUGUUUGCAGGGCCAAGUUCAAAGAAAUCUGCUGGUCGUAACAGUACUAUAACAUCUGCAUCCCAAAUAUCAAAAAGUGGUACUCUUUCUUCUGAAGAAGAGCUUGAAUACAAUUCACGUGACAUGUCUAAAGACAAUAUGCAAUUUAGAAUUGAUCAAUUAGCAGCUGAAUUGGAAGAGUUGAAACAACGUCGACAAAGAACUCAACAUGAAAUUGCUGGCAUGGAAAAUUUGACUUUGCGACAAAGAUUCCAAGACAUUUUACACACUCUGAAUCAAGACAUCAUGUAUAAAGAAAUGGAGCGUCAAGGCUUGAUCACCCUUCAAACUUCAGAUGAUAUUUAAAUUAUAAUACAUAUAAUACAUUUAUUCUAUUACAUAUUAGCACUCUAUUGAUAUAAAUCAUGUUAUUUAUAAUGUAUUAAAAUAAUUAUUGUCAAAUUAAUAUUUACAUCCACUACAUUUAUUUUAUAUGUAUUAAAAAUUAGUGUCAAAUUGAUCUUUACAAUACACUUCCAAUGAGUUUAUGAGGAUUAUACAUAGAACAUAUCAAGUACAAUCCAUGCACAAAUUUUGAAGAUUAAUCUUCUGUAUGGAUAAGAAUGUAAUUAGUUUCUCUAAGAUCACAUAGGAAUUUUUUGUCUUAAUCUAUUAUAACACUUUUGCUUACUUUUUUUUAUACUUAUUUGCAUAAGUAUUUUGUAAUUAGAAUAAGUGAAUCUCUUAGUCAAAUAUAAAUGUAUUUUAUAAUCCGAUUCAGGUAUAUAAUAGUAGCAGUAGAUGCAUAGUGUAGAAAAUCUAAAUAUUACAAUGUUAAUGAUGGAUAUGUAGUUUUUAUUAUU